GGAAGGAAACAUGUUAUUGGUUUGCCCUCUCCGGAGAGAGACUGAUAGGCUGUGUGAUGUGGAAUUAGCUGCCUAUCUCUGUGUGAAGAAACAGAUUAAUUCAGGGAGUUUGGUGUUAGUUAAAGAAUGCCGCUCUGCACCAAGCAGCUGGGACCAAGGUAUUGACAACUGCUCAGCCAAUACUCCACGCGGUGACUGACUUUCCACCUCAAUACGUUCUGCAGCAGAGAAUAGUUGAAAGGGAACUGACUUUCCCAAGUUGCUGUGAUACCAUGGUCACGUUGCAGACUCUCUCCCUGAUCGUUGCCGGUUAUAUCAUGAGCCCCGUGUUAACGUGUCAGUUCCCCACCGACUGGAGACCCCUGAGUGAGGGGUGCAGGGCAGAGCUGGCCGAGAUCAUCGUCUAUGCCAGGGUACUGGCCAUCCACCAGGACAUGUACAGCGUGUUCAACUACCUGCCGUGGCAGUACGAAGCCAGCUUGUUCUACUCGGCCGAGAUCGAGACGGAGUGUGACCAGGCGUGGGGCAGCAUGUUGGAGGUGCCCAGCGGGUCCCGGCUCAACAUCACCGGCCUGGGCUACUUCUCCUGCCAGUCCCACACCGUCAUGGAGAAUAACAGCUACUUCUUCUUUCUCAGGAUGGAUGACAAUUAUAAUAUCCUUCCCCAUGGAGUUAAUUUUCAGGAUGCUAUUUUUCCAGACACCACGGAGAACAGGAGGAUGUUUUCCAGUUUAUUCCAGUUCUCAAACUGCACCAAAGGCCAACACCUCCAGACCUACACAGCCGACUGGCAGCUGCAGGAAGACAACAAGUUGAUGUGCUCUACGGUGCAGAAGGCCCUGUUUGAGGAAGAAGAUCGGGUGAGGAAGCUGGUGAACAGGGUGGCCAUGUUGGAGGGCCGCAACAAGCAGCUGAAGGACAAGGUGAAGCGGGUGAAACGCACCCUGCGGCAGGUGAAGAAGAACUCGCAGCGGGUGGAGCAGCUGAACAAGAAGCUGCUGGAGAAAGCUUCCAGUGGGGGUCAGAAUCCCGUCUACGCCAAGCCGGACUCUAACGUUGCCACGCUCAAAGGCUAACCCUCCACGCGGGUGGGAUCACCGGGCCACAGAUGGCCGGAGGGGAGGGUGGCGAUCCCAAACAUCACCCCUUCCUUCUCUCCAGAGGUGCUGCCGGUCCCGUUGAGUUACGCCAGCGUUUUGUAUCUGUCUACGGCAGCAAUCACUUUGUCCGUCUGCCGAUAUACUCAAGCUAACACUAGAGGUGCAGGCCAUUUCAGUUAGCACGGUCACUCCACACUUGCUAUACAAUAGACAAUAGACAAUAGGUGCAGCAGUAGGCCAUUCGGCCCUUCGAGCCAGCACCACCAAUCAAUGUGAUCAUGGCUGAUCAUCCACAAUCAGUACCACGUUCCUGCCUUCUCCCCAUAUCCCCUGACUUCGCUAUCUUUAAGAGCCCUAUCUAGCUCUCUCUUGAAAGUAUCCAGAGAACCGGCCUCCACCGCCCUCUGAGGCAGAGAAUUCCACAGACUCACAACUCUCUGUGAUAAAAAGUGUUUCCUCGUCUCCAUUCGAAAUGGCUUACCCCUUAUUCUUAAACUGUGUGGCCCCUGGUUCUGGCCUCCCCAACACCGGGAACAUGUUUCCUGCCUCUAGCGUGUCCAAGCCUUUUACAAUCUUAUAUGUUUCAAUGAGAUGCCCUCUCAUCCUUCUAAACUCCAGAGUGUACAAGCCCACAGCCGCUCCAUUCUCUCAGCAUAUGACAGUCCCGCCAUCCCGGGAAUUAGCCUUGUAAACCUACGCUGGGCUCCCUCAAUAGCAAGAAUGUCCUUCCUCAAAUUAGGGGACCAAAACUGCACACAAUACUCCAGGUGUGGUCUCAAUAGGGCUCUGUACAAACUCCCCAAACCACUCCGCAACAGCCUUGUGGCCUCAAUCCUUAUGGCAGAGAGGAAAGGAAAGCUGGAGAAUCUAACUGUUCACUGUGUAAACCAUUAUUUUAAUUAGGCCACUUUGUGUUAACUUUGCUGCAAGGCAGUGUAUCCAUCAUCCAUCUUUUAUUCCUUGUAAUCAAGCAAAUAAACGUCGCAAUUAGUGUUGGUGUGAGCACACUGCAGCCGUCCACACGCUUCUGUGAUAAGUUCAUAAGCGAUAGGAGCAGAAUUGGGCCAUUCGGCCCAUCAAGUCUAAUCCACCAUUCAAUCAUGGCUGAUCUAUCUCUCCCUCUCAACCCCUUCUCCCCAUAAUCCCGACUCCCAUACUAAUCAAGAAUCUAUCUAUCACUGCCUGAAAUAUAUCCACUGACUUGGACUCCACAGCCGUCUGUGGCAAAGAAUUCUACAGAUUCACCACCCUCUGACUAAAGAAAUUCCUCCUCAUCUCCUUCCUAAAAGAAUGUCCUUUAAUUCUGAGGCUGUGCCCGCUAGUCCUAGACUCUCCCCCCUCUCCACAUCCACUCUAUCCAGGCCUUUCACAUGUUUCAAUGAGGUCCCCCCUUAUCUUUCUAAACUCCAGCGAGUACAGGCCCAGUGCCGACAAACGCUCAUCAUAUGUUAACCCACUCGUUCCUGGGAUCAUUCUCUAACUGAGUUCGUUAUUCUGCAGAAAGUGCGCAGUUUGUCUGCUCUCUCCGACAGCUUUCCCUGGACUUAUAUGUCACGUCUACAACAAAUAUAUUGAAGGAAUUAUCUAGCGUUGUAUCACCGCCCCAACGAGUUUGGGAAUCACAAUCUACAUGUUAUUUCCUCAGCCUCAUGCAGAAUGUUGUCUGAUAUAUUUCAAUUAAAAUAUAUACUUUGCUAAUUAUUCUCUGUCUGAUGAUGGGUAGCAAGGUCUUGUUUUCCUGUUUUAAACCAGAAAUGAAUAAAUAAAUUAGAAA